UUCUCAGGAAAUGCUCAAUACUUAGUGAAGGAACAAAAGCUUACGAGGAGUCAGAGGAAAAAUGCAACCUCCAGAACUGGGGUUUUCAGGGACACCACAUGACAGAGUCACGAGAAACUCAUGGUCCCCCCACUCUGCUUCUCUUCUCAGGUCUAAGGACACCAGAAAAUACCAUGUGUUGCUGGGGUCAUUUCAGGUCUCUGAUCGCCUAAGCUCCAAAACAACGGCAAUCCCUGUGUCCAGGAUUAUCCCCUACCCUCACUUCCAGGGAAACACAACUAGUGCCAUCGCUGUGGCAAAACUGGCCUAUCCAGUUUCUUUUACCCCUGUUGUCCUGCCCAUCUGCCUCCCCUCAUCUGCAGUACAGCUCAAGAACUCAACCUCCUGCUGGGUGACUGGAUGGGGCUAUUCUGGAAUGCACCAACGUGAGGAUAAGCCGUCUUAUAUACUGAAGGAGCUGGAAGUGCCCCUUAUGGAUCUCCAGACAUGCAGUGACUACUACGAGAAAGCAAACCUGCGUGGAAUCAAGCCCAUCAUCAGUGAAGCCAUGAUCUGCUCCAAGCUCCCAGUGGGGCAGACAGAUCAGUGUAUAGGCAGUAGAGGUGAUCCCCUGACGUGCAGAGUGGAGGAUUUCUGGGUCCUGGCAGGAGUGGUCAGCUGGGAGUCAAACUGCAUCCAAAACAAUGAGCCUGGAAUAUAUACAAACAUCAGUUUCUAUAAAUCUUGGAUUGAGAAGUCAGCCAUUUCACAUACUGACUUUUCUGCUGUCAUCAGUCUGUACUUCUCUGGGCUCCUCCCUGUAAUGCUUCUACCUCUCAUUUUCCUGGGGCUACCCUAAGUGGCUGAGGCUCCAUGCCCAGUGUGGAGCCCAACGACCGAGCAAGA